AGUCAGUCGCGGGGCAUCCGUCGUGGAGCGCGUGUCUCUCGUGCGUCUCGAAUUGUUGUCGUUCGAGUUUCGAACGAGCACCCCCUUCCCUUCGUCUCAUCCGUACUUCCCUUCGAACAAAGAGAUUUUCGACAACGUAGGAAAAAAUUCCACGAAGGAGGGAAAACGGCUUUUCCGUUUUUCCUAUUACAUAUUAUCGUAAUACGUUUUGGUUUUUUCGCGUGUGUUCUUCGUGUUUUCGUGUUUUCUACGACGUAUAUAGAAGGAACAACGUGCAACAGGUUACAGAUAUAUAUAAAUAUUUUCACCGGUAUUUGUUGAUGAUAUUGAUUCUGAGAAUUCCGAGUGAGGAACAUUUCUGUGAAUUGUGACGGAUUGUGCAGUUUUUAUGCUCACUAUAUUGCGGAGAAGACUGUUGGACAUUGUUUAUAAGAGGGAUUUUCGACGAGUUUAGUUUAGUGUUUGUAUGUAGUUGAAGAAGAAGUAGAAGAAGAAGAAGAAGGAUUCAUAUUCAAUAGAAUAUAUAUAUAGAUAUAGAUAGAGAUAGAUAAAAAUAGAAGUUUUCAAAUAUUCGAGAUUAAUCGUGAUAUUAUUGCUUCGUUUUCCCGAAGUCGUAAAUUAAAACGCACGCCCACCCCAAAAUAAUCCCGACUAUUUUUAUCUCGUGUAUCGUGCAUUACUCGAGACGAGAAAGAAAGAUAGGCGGAGGAAAAAAAAAAGUGGAAGAACUCGAAGUAAAGAUCGGGGCGGGAGAAUUGGAAGGAACAGUGGGAAAAAUAAAAAAUCUUCGAGGUUGUCUCGAAGGCCGGGCUACCUGCCACGGUAUAAUCGGGAGAGAAGAAAGUUCGUCUGGGUUCUACAUCCGGUUUUCGAGAUCGUUGCCUACAUUUCUCGAUAUCGGAUACUUAAACAUUUCUGUAUCAUCAUCUUUCGAAUUUUUUUCUCGCGAAAUUUUUUUCGAAUAAAGUAUAUAUAUAUACUGGAAGAGGGGGGGUGGAAGAGGUAAGAAGCGGAAUGCCGGCUCGUUAAUGAUCUUCGCGCGCCUCUUCGCGGUGGAAACGGAAGGAAUGAGAGGCGCCGCGGGUGAAGUUCCUUGGUGCCGAUUGAAUGGAGUUACUUCGAAGAGGUUUUGACUGUCUCUCGUGUCGACCGACUCGUCCCUCUAGAAACGCAGCAUCGUUGUACAUCCGCGUGAGUGGAGUUGGGUCUACAAAAGCAGCGUGUCUCGAUCGAUACGCAGCUAGUCGAUCAGUAUGAUGUUGCAGAACUGUAGCGGCGGUGGAUCCAGAUGCGCCAGACGCGCUCUGAUAUUCGUGUUCGCCUGGGGUCUGGUAAUGAUCGCAGCUGUACAAUUCCGUCACGUGGAGAACAAUCUUAGAGAGACACCAACGGCUGAGGAUUCCACUAACGAAUUGCUGAUCGACGACAUCUACAGUCGACAUGAAACACUGAACAAUCAUGGAUCUUCGAGUCUUGGUCUAUCCAGAUACUUGUUGCAAAGAUCCUCAGCAGACUCCAGUUUCUCGAAUUCUGGUGGUUCAAGUCUUCUAACCACUUUGACCACUAUAUCCAACAAUUCGACUAGAAAUCCUUUAGAUUUAGAGCCACUAUUAGACAAAAGACCUGCGAAAACAGAAGAAGAAUUAAUUCAAGAAAUAGAACAGAGAUUACCUAGUCUCCCUUUAUCUUACUGGAAUAAAAAUAGCAAAUAUUCUGGUAAUCAGGGCAAGAUUAAAGGCAAUAAUAGUUGUUCCAAUUUAAAAUAUCCCUCCAUCUAUGAUAUAGAAUUCAAUAAUGUUUACUGGCAAACAAUGAGGACCAGUAAUGGUACCUUUCAAUUAUUUGGUGCUUUUUAUGACCAUAGAAAAUUGUCUAGAAUAGGCCCAGCAAUUAGAAUUGUUGGAAUGAUUGACAGAAUUGAACCUAUUGUAAAAACUCACUGUCAAUUAUGGUAUGAUGGGGAAAGGGAACCCAAGAUUGUUGAAACUUUAGAAUACAAAUAUAUUUGGUAUCCUAAAUGGGGCAACUAUAAACAGGGAAUUUAUCAGCCUUAUGUAAUUGCCUGCAAAAUCCCACAAACUCAUUGGUUGAAGGGACCCCCAGCCUCAGUUUCUAUGGUAGAAAAACCAUGUGAAACUCCCAGCAAUAAUCUUAGAGUGAUAUACAAUAAGCCUGAAUAUAAAAAAGAUUUUGCUGUUUGUGUAAAAGGACUAGAUUUUCUUCAUGAAGAUCUAUCUGUCAGAUUGGUUGAAUGGAUAGAGUUAAUUACUCUAUUAGGUGCAGACAAAAUCUUCUUCUAUCAGUUACAGGUUCAUCCUAAUGUGACAAAAAUUCUGGAUUAUUAUCAAAAACUAGGUAAAGUUCAUGUUACUCCAUUAACUCUUCCUGGUGGACAACCUAAUGUGCCUGCCUUCCAACAUAUGUAUCUGACUAAAAAGACCAAUCAUAAGAGACAGAAUGAACUGAUUCCUUAUAAUGAUUGUUUAUAUAAACAUAUGUAUGAAUAUGAAUAUAUUGCUCUGUUGGAUGUGGAUGAAGUAAUAAUGCCAGUGAAAGAUGGUACAUGGCAGAAUUUGAUGAAAAGAGUAUUGACGAAAGCAUUUAAGAUUAGAAAUGAGACAAGAGCCUCAUAUAAUGUGAGAAACGUAUAUUUCCUAGAUGAUUUGCUGCAUUCUCAUGGAUACUUCAAAAAUAUACCAAAGUAUAUGCACAUGUUGCAGCAUGUUUAUCGCUCGAAGAACUUUACCAAACCUAAUCAAUACAUCAAGUGCUUCCACAAUCCGGAAAGGGUGGUAACCUUGCAUAAUCACUUUCCUUUAGCUUGUUUGGGCGCUGGAUGCACCAGUUAUCCUAUAGAGACCGAAGAUGCUCAACUUCAGCAUUAUCGGGCCGAUUGCGUGAAAUCGUUGAGAAAAACUUGCGUCGAGUAUCGAGAAAACAGCGUGUUGGAUACUACGAUAUGGCGAUACAGAGACCAAUUAAUCGAAAGGGUUACCAGGACAUUGGAAACUCUUGGUUUUUUUGGACCAAGCUAGCGCAAACAAGAUAGAACGAGUCUCUGUGCUAUUGACGACGAAGCUUGAAAUCGUUUAGAAUUAUUUCCUUCGUUCGUCUCAUUUCCCUUUUCAUUGAAGUUUUUCAAGUUUGCUACUUGAAUGGUCGUUGGAAAGCGUUUGCUUCGUGGAUGAAGAAUUUUUAUAAAAUUGAAUAUCUUCUUUUUUUUUUUUCUAUUAUAUUUUCUAAAACCAAGGAUCUAUGCCAAAAAUUUAUUCUAAAAAUAAUCUUUCUAUAAAAGUAUUAUAUAUUUUUUUUUAUAAUAAUGAUAUUUUGCAAUUUCUUAAAAAUUAUACAACAUAUAUUUUGAUUUUACAACUAAUGAAGUAUAAAUGGAGAUCCUUGAAUGGAAAGCGCGAAGCAUUCAUUCGUUGACCAACACAUUCGAGGACGAAAUGGCUGUGUAAUCGGAUGGAAUAUACGACAAUGAUUAGAAUAAAGCGUAGAAUAAGGAUAGCGUUAACGAUUUUUCAAUUUGUGCCACUAGAUGAAGAAACGUAUUCGCGAAUUGUAAAUUGAAUGCUGUCUUUGCUCAACGCCCUUCGAGAUAAUCGCGAUAUUAAUCGAUUCUUGAGUUAAUUAUUUUUUGAAUGCAUUCGAUAUAUUUCUUAUAAGAUCGAGUAUCAUCGAAUGUAUAUAGAAGAUACCUGUACUCGAGCAAUCGAAACAAAUUCGUUUCAAACUAGAUUAAAGGCACAAAGUAAAAUAUUUUAUUUUGAGUGAUCAUGUUCAUACAAAUAAUCUAAUUUUAUCAAAAAAUUAGUAUUUGUAUUACAUUUAUCUGUAAUGUAUUGUAUAUCAUUAAAUUAUACUAUUGACAUAUUUGAAAAUGUUCGAAUAUUAAAUUCGAAUAUUUUAAAUUGAAAAAACAUGAUCAAAAAGUAUGAAUAUUUUUUAUGAAAAUUAAA